AUGAAGCGAAAGAAUAAUAACGAGGGCAUCUUCCAGCCAGACGGUGAGACGGUGAGGAAACGCUAUCCUCGCCAGGACCCGGUCUCGUGCGACAGUUGCCGCAAGAAGAAGCUCAAGUGCGACCGUCGCCUGCCCUGUGCCAGCUGCGCCUCGCGUCGUCUGCAGUGCAAUUACGCGGCUGGUGGACCUGUAGCACAGGAUCUACCGGCGUAUAGUAGUCCCGAAUGGACGGUCCAAGGCGCAUCACUGCCGCAGCCAGCGAGAGCAGACGCCCAGGUCCCGGCUCAGACUCAGACUCAAAGUCAGACUCGGGAUCAGCCUCCCUCGUUAAGCGACCGCAAUGAGGCGGCAAUAACCGCCGACUGGCUUGAGAAGAUGAUUCGGGCCCCCUCUUCAAGGCUGGCAAGCGAUGGUACGCCGUUGCAGCCGGUGGAAAACCCGUGGGCCGUGCCCCUGCUGCAGUAUCUCCCGACGGAGGCAGACACUCUCGCCCAGCUGGCCUUUUAUACAAGAUAUGUUGACCAUUUGACUCAUCUGAUUGUGGUCAGUCAUGUCGAGAAACUGGUCCAAGGCAUCUACGCCGAUGUGCGCGAGGGCCGGCCCGUAAACUUUUGCCAUCUCGCUCUGGUCUUUAGCAUCAUCGCCGUCGCCCUUACCUUCCAGAAUAUGUCAAACGCAGCUAGAGAGAACACCAUUAAUAACCAGACACAGGUGGAAGGGCGUGAGAACCGCUACAUCUUUCUCACGGGGGCAGCCUUGAUCCAAGGCAACUACUCCGUCCUCCCAACCCUCGAGGGCUUGCAGGCAACCAUGAUCGUCUGCUAUUAUCUCCCGGAAGCUCACAAUUUGCCGUUAGUCGGCCUGUUGUUCGUCCAUCCAAACAUUGUGUUCCAGGCCAAGAGCCUCAUGCUGCACUGCGUUGAUAUUCCACGUCACCAGCAGGACCGCAAAGCCCGCGGCACGGGCGAGUUGGAAGCCGAGAUCAAACGUAGACUCUGGUGGUACCUCGCAGCAUACGACUGGCUCCUGGCAUACAUGAGUGGCCCGCAGGAGUACACCUAUCUCAUUCACCCGGCCCAGAUAAACACUCGGAUGCCCGCCAACACCGAGGAUGACGCUCUGCAGGAAAAGGAACCACCGACGGAUCUGCCAACCUCGACGCCAACCGUCAUGUCGUACCCACUGCAGAGGCUCAAGCUAGCAGCCGUGUGCCGCGAGAUCGUGGAUGCGACGGGGACCGAGAUCCUAAGCAGCCAAGACGUCCCCUACGACAAGGUUCUCGAGCUAGAUCGCAAACUGCACCAGCUCGAGGCCGAGACACCCGAUUUCUUCAAGCUGGACGUGGCCAACCGGCGGCGGUUCGCAAGCCUGUGCCAGGCCCGCCCGGCGAUCGCAUGGCAGCGCUGCGUCAUCCAGCAGGGGCUGAACAAUCGCCUCUGCCGGCUGCACAGAGGAUACUUUAUCCGUGGCGCCCGCGACCCGCGGUUCUCCUACUCGCAUAUCGUCUGCCUACAGUCCGCACGGAAAGUGCUGGAGAUCGCCCGCCUGCUAGAGGAUGAAGAGCCCGCAACGGCAGGCUGGAACUCUAUCGCCUGGACGGUCGUCCACCACGUGUUUGCCGCCGCAGUCAUCCUUCUGAUUGAUAUCUGCUUCAACUGGGACGACGUUCUGGCCGAGAAGCGUCGCGAGGAGGUCCUCGCCGCCUGCCGUAUCUUGACCCGUGCCCAGGCCGCAUCGCCCAGCGUGCGCAGUAGCAUCAACGCCCUCAUGGAUGUCCUGCGCAAGCAUCUCAACCAACAUAACCCUAUAGCUCCUGGAUGCGAGGAAUCCAUCGCCCAUCCGCCAUCUGCUCCGGCUCGGGUAGACACCGAGUCCCUGCUGCGCCCGCCGCGUCCGCUUUCUGCACCCCUGGCCGAUCCUGUGGUACUCGACUCUGUGUCGACUGACGCCACCGACGAAGGUCUCGAAGUCCUCUGGAGUCAGAUGAUGGAGACCGGUGGCGCUGUCGAUUUCGGCACGCCGGACUGGACGGAUCUGUUGAGGGACUUGUCCAAUGCAAAUUUGCCGUGUUGA